GCUCUUACGGCGCUUCACUAACCGGCCAGGAGCGUGAAAAGGACACGAAUGAUGGAAACUUUAAUUAGCCUGCCGUUUACUUUGUUAGAAUGUCCAAAUAUCAAGCUGAAGAAGCCGUCCUGGCUGCACAUGCCUUCUGCUAUGACCGUGUAUGCUGUGGUGAUUGUGUCCUACUUUCUCAUCACUGGGGGUAUAAUCUAUGAUGUCAUCGUUGAGCCGCCCAGUGUGGGUUCAAUGACUGAUGAACACGGUCAUCAGAGACCUGUGGCGUUUUUGGCUUACAGGGUCAACGGGCAGUACAUCAUGGAGGGUCUGGCGUCCAGCUUCCUCUUCACUAUGGGCGGUCUCGGCUUCAUCAUUCUGGACCGUUCCAAUGCGCCAAAUAUUCCUAAACUCAACCGCUUCCUGCUACUCUUCAUUGGAUUUGUGAGUGUGCUGCUGAGCUUCUUCAUGGCCCGAGUUUUCAUGAGGAUGAAGCUGCCUGGUUAUCUCAUGGGUUAAAUCUGCACAAGGCCUUUUCAUGUGGCACACGCCACAGGCAGAGACAGAAGGAUGACUGCAUAUGAACAGAAAAUGCCCUUCCUUCCUGGAUCAGCGUGAUUAUGAUUUUUUUUGUGUGUAUGUGAGUGAGUUUAUGCAAAAUGUGCAUAUCCUGAUUGGGAAAGGAAGACAUGUCUUGUAUGUGAGCUCUGUGCUAAAUGAUAAAAAUCAGUUUACAUAUGGAGUAAAUUACAUGCUUGUUAAAGAAAGCUAGAAAGGGAUUUAAAUCUGUCCUGUGGGAGUGGCUUUUUCUAUAUAAAAUUAAAAUAAAAGCUCUUUAUACAA